UUCUAGAAGGUCUUUUGCCUUGCAUGAGAAGUGAGUCAUGGCUGCUGUCCCAGCAGAACAACAGAAACCCAGUUGCGGUGGUUCUGCUUGUGGCGCUUGCAUCUCUAGCUAGGGAGCUGGUGGAAAUGGCGGGCAAAGUAGCCCCUACGAACGGUAAACAGAAGGAGAAAGCAGCGCCAGAGAAGCCGAAAAAGGCAGCCCCCGCUGCAAACGGCUCUGCUGGACUCCUAGCAAACGCAUACAACCCGCUUUCAGGCACGUUUCACUCGAUGGAGUCUGGGGCGCCGGAGGCGCAGGAGAAUGGGGGGUAUAACAUGUUUGAGGGAGGUCCAGGGCAUGGGGAUGCGUCCGACUCGGACUCAGAUGAUGAAAGGGAUGAGGCAAACGGGGAUGAGAAGCGAGCGGGAGGGGCGGCAUUGAAGGACAAAGAGUCGCGAGCCGACAAGCGGGAUCGAGAAAAGAUGCGCCUGCGCAACGAGAAAAAGCACGCGCGACAGAAGGAGCGCCGCGCGCAGGAGUUGCGAGAAAAGUGUCUCUCGUUGCUUACGGCAUGCAAGGUGGAGAUGCUCGCGCUCCAGCUAGAAGCCAUGGGUUUUCCAAAAGACCAGGCGGUUAAGGCCGUAACCAUGCACGGCGGAAACCUAGAACGUGGCGUGUCCUGGCUGCUUGAAGCGGGGCCGGAAGUCGCCACGACGUCGGUAGACCCGGGGCAAGCGAAAGUCGACAUAGCGGACGAGUUGGCGCGCGUGGUUGACGCCGAGAUAAAAUACGGCAUCUCUAGGGGCGAGGUGGAAAGAGUAGUCGUUGCAAGCGGGGGGGACUUGGACCGAGCAAUGGAGUCGUUGGCGGCGCAGCAUCCGGUGCAGUUGGCGGGGCCUCGGCCACCUCCGCCGGGGGGGGCUCCAAACGGCCCCCCUCGAGAGGGAGGGGGCGCCAGACCGGCGGCGGGCCCGGCACCACAGAGCAGCGCGCCGGGGCCGAGAGCACCGGGGGGGCAGCAAGCGCAGGCGGGGGGGCCGCAAGCGAACCCUCCUAGUGGUCCAGGUAGCGCGGGUUGGGCUCACAAUGCGGGCGCUUCACCAAAUCCUAGUUGGGGCACCCCUCCCUCCGCAAAUACAGCUCGUCAAACAUGGCAGGGGGGUCAGCAGCCCCCGCCGUCACAGGGUUUCGCACCCCCCUUUCCCCCUGCAAAUGGUUCUCUCAACCCGGCAUCGAGGCAACGGCCUGGGGUCCCAGGGGCUGUACCUAGCACAAAUGUUCCUCCGCAGGGGGUUGGUUUCAGUAGGCCGUCGGACCCCCAGCUUGGUCGGCAAGGCUACCCCCCGGAAGCGAGCCGUCCGGAAGCGCCCACUCAACAGAGGCCCCCAUAUCAGCCGUACCCGUAUCGGCCUCAGGCCUCGCAGCAACCGGGGGCCGGUCAAUUGCAGUCGCAGCAGACGAGUGCCCUGCCCCCGCAAAUGAACCGCCUGCAGGCGUCGCGCCCCGGGGGGGUCCUCCCGCCCCAGCAGCAGAGGCAGUUCCUGCCCCCCCACAGCGCGCCGCAGCCGCCGCCCUUCUCCCCCCUCCAGCAGCAACACCUGCAACAGCUGCAGCACCAACAGCUGUGGCAGCAGCAGCAGCAGCAAAAGGGGGGGGUGCUCUCUCCCCAGGGGGGUAGCUUCCAGCCUGGGGGGGUCAACAGCCAGGCGUUAUUCUCGCGCCCGAACCUGCGCGCUUUUGGCCCUGGUCCAGGGGGUGCGGCGCCGGGCGUGGGGAGAGGGUUCCAGGGUUUGGAUUUGCCUAAGUCGGGGUCGUCACUCUCGGCUGCAGCGGCCCCCUGGCCGGGGAGUCAGGGCAGUGGGGGCAACGGUGGUGCGUACAGUCAGAUGAACCCCCGCGGCGCAUCGCCUGUGAGCAACCUCCCCCUCCGCCAGGGCUCAUCCUCCGUUGCGCCCAUCGGCCCCCCCCAGUCUCCCGGCAGCUCUUCCUCCCCCCACUCGCGGGGUUCCUCGUCGCCUCAGGCAGCGGGGGGCGCGUUUGGCAGCCCCAUCUGGCCCCCUUCCAGCACGAAUCCGGCCAGCUCCAUCCUCUCGCCGACUUCCGCCUCUUGGGGGGGGUUGGGUCCUGGCUUGGGAGCGAGCACCGGACUUUCGCUCAGCGGAUCGUCUGUAGAUUGGAGCCUGCGGCCCAGCGCUGACAGGCCGAAAAGCGGAGGCGGCGCCGUAGACUGGAGCCUUCCAGGGGGGUCUGCCACGUCGGGUGUGGAUUGGAGUUUGGGUGCGGGGAGCAGUGGCGCAGGGAGCGCGUUCGGUGGGUCGGCGGGAACGAUUGGCAGCCUGAAGACCGGGUUUGGCGGGGCGUCGUCGCUCGCUUCCAUAUGGUCAAAUGAUAGGCCCGGCUCGGGGGGAUCCCCCGGGGGGCUUGCAAACGGGCUAGGGGGGUUGGGGGUGCUCGGGGGGUCUGGUGCGGCAGCCAGUCGGUGGAACGCCGGCGAAAUAGGGGCUAGCAAAGAGCUGGGCAGUGACGUGUGGGCCUCUUCGUCGGGUUUGCAAAAGGGGAAGGAGAGUAGCGGGUGGGAAACGCCGUUUGGUGGGAAAGAUAUCUUUCGGGGCGACGGAAACGGUGCGGCAGGUUUGGGGCUAGGAAAUACGGAACAGGACGCGUCGGCUGCUGCGUUGUUGAACAAUCUUUCUCUGCAAUGAUCUACUUGGGUUUGUUUACUUCCAUC